CAUCUUCCAUGGAUGGAUGAACAUCUGAGGUAGUAGCUUUUUUUCUGGGUGAAAUUGGAAGAUUAGGGCCGCUGCCCGACCUCCCCGCCCCCCUCUCUCUCUCUCUCCCUGUCGCGGGCCGGCGCGCAUCCUCGCCGCUGUGGAGGUUGUGCCUCACCCAGUAGACUGUGAAUCGCAGUAAACGAGAGGCGCACUGGCCACAAUGGCGCUAACGCUUCUCAGAGGGAUCAGAACACAGGCCUUAUUUAGAGCGAAUGCAGGCCUCUUCUGUACCACUCGACUUUCUCCACUAGCCUGCUUCACAACUAGGGUGGAGGGCGUGCAGACCACUAGCCCCAAGACAGCGCCCACAUCGAUUCAACAGGCCGCCAAGGAGGCGGCGGAGCAGAAGAUGCAAGGUUUCGAAGCGGUUAUCGGCAUCGAGACCCAUGUCCAGCUAUCGACCGUCACAAAGGCAUUCUGCUCCUGCCCGUACGACUAUGGCUCCCAGCCGAACAGCACCGUUUGCCCCACCUGUAUGGGCCACCCGGGGACGUUGCCGGUUCUGAAUGCAAAGGUUGUUGAAUGCGCAGUCAAGGUAGCCCUCGCUCUCAACUGCCAGAUUUCCAUGACAUCCAAGUUUGAUCGGAAGCAGUACUUCUACCCAGACCUGCCCAAGGGCUACCAGAUUUCGCAGUUUGACAUCCCCAUUGCCGAGAAGGGUUACGUUGAUUUGGAUCUUCCAGUGGAGUUUGGUGGUGGGCACAGGCGUUUUGGGGUCACCAGGGUUCAUAUGGAAGAAGAUGCUGGCAAGCUGCUUCACUCUGAAUCCGGGAAUUACUCUCAGGUUGACCUGAAUAGAGCCGGUGUUCCUUUGCUAGAGAUUGUCUCAGAGCCAGAUAUGAGGACAGGGAUAGAGGCUGCUGAGUAUGGUGCUGAGGUGCAAAGGCUUGUUAGAUACCUGGGAGUGGGCAACGGUAACAUGCAGGAAGGUUCCCUCCGCUGUGAUGUGAAUGUAUCUGUCCGGCCUAUUGGACAAUCAGAAUUUGGUACCAAGGUUGAAAUAAAGAAUAUGAACUCAUUUAAUGAAAUAAGUAGGGCAAUAGAUUAUGAGAUAUCCCGACAGAUUCAUCUUCACAAAGAAAGCCAGGCUGAUCAAAUUGUACAAGAAACCCGUCUGUGGGAUGAAUCUUCUCAGAAAACUUUUACAAUGCGAAAAAAGGAGGGACUUGCCGACUACAGAUAUUUUCCUGAGCCUGAUCUUGCUGAAGUUGUUCUCACUAGUGAGUACGUUGAUGAAAUUCGUAAUUCAUUGCCGGAGCUUCCAGAGGCAAAGCGGAGGCGUUAUGAGAACAUGGGUCUCAGCAUGCAAGAUGUUAUUUUCCUGGCUAAUGAUGAUAAUGUUGCUCAUUUUUUCGAUUCUACACUUGAGCAUGGCGCUGAUGCAAAGCUGGCUGCCAAUUGGAUCAUGGGUGACAUGACGGCUUAUCUGAAGGAUGAAAAACUCUCUAUCCAUGAAAGUAAAUUAACACCUCUGGAGCUUUCUGAAAUGAUUGCAUCCAUUAAGAAUGGAACUAUCAGCGGGAAGAUUGCAAAGGAGAUUCUGGUUGAGCUCAUUGCCAAAGGCGGAACUGUUAAGUCUGUGAUAGAGGAAAAAGAUUUGAUUCAGAUAGCAGAUCCAGGAGCGAUUGGUGCCAUGGUAGAUAAAGUACUCGCGGACAAUCCGAAGCAACUGGAGCAGUAUCGGGCUGGGAAAACCAAGUUGCAGGGAUAUUUCGCUGGCCAGGUGAUGAAAGCAUCUAAGGGUAAGGCAAGUCCUGUUCUACUGAACAAAAUCCUGGGGGAGAAGUUGAAGGGCAAUUAAUUGCCGAGGGGGGCUUCAGCACAGUGGAAAUAUCUAGUCCUUGAUGAGUGUGGACCAUCAAAUGAAAGUGAAGCCUACAGCAGGAAGCACAUCCUUUUGUGAAGAUAUCUCCGGUUCUCGUUUGUAGCUGUAGUUUGUUGGAAUUUGGAAUGUAAUUUGCAUGGCCGGUAGGAUGGCAAACUAUGUAUCUGUGAAGAAAUAUAGAUCUUGCUGCACUUGUUAACAAAGUUGGUUGCUUGAGGCUA